GCGAGCACAGAUGGACAGGAAAGGAAACCGAGAGAUGAGCCCCUGGUAGCGCGAGAAGCAUCUUCUAAAAUAGAAACAGAAGCCGCUACUUCUGCUCCAGAAACAGAAAACUACAGUUUUGCACAGUGCUAUGCUGAUUUCGCGUUUUAUAUCGCAGAAAAUUGAGGGAUGGUUUUGAGUGAGUGAGGAGGGCGGAUCUUUGCAGAGAAUGCUUGCAAAAGCCAAGGCGUGCGCUGUCCCAAGAGAACACAUUUGAAAAGCUUGCAGAGAGAGAGAGAGAGAGAGACCGGAAUGCCGGGCAACAUCGCUCCUCCGGUUCACCUGCGAGGCUGAUCUCUCUCUCUCUCUCUCUCUCUCUCUCUCUCUCUCUCCCCCACCAUAUCUUGGUCCCAUGUAGAUCAGUUGGUAGAGCAGGAGAAAUCCAAGGUUGUGGGUCCCACGGGGGACCAUAACGGAAGUGUAUGCAGUCACUGCUGUUUUCCUGAGCACCCUCUGUCUGUGAGUGUGUGUCUGAGUGUGUGUGUGUCUUAGUGUGUGUGUUAUGGCCUCUGGGACGGACGACCCAUACCGUAAGAUGCUAAUGCUAGGGGCCAUCGCUGCGGCGUCAGCCUUCGUGGUCACAAUCUUCAUCGUGGUGGUCUGUGUGGGCUGCCAGAGGAAAAACAAGACCAAACAUCCUGUGUCCAAUGGAGAGAAGGGUACCUCAGUAGAAAUGGGUGCUCUCCGUCAGCCCAAGAACAGUUCCAUGAGUAAAUCUGACACCAGGCUGCAUGAGAUCAACCGCCUGCCUUGCAACGGCAACAGUGGGGGUAAGAAUCGUCCAGCCAGUAUGGACCUGCUCCUCCUCCACAGCCGUCGCUCCAUGUCUGACCUCCGCCCACCCCUGGUCCGCCAGCUUCCCCAGAUCCCCAACAGACCAGUGGGGAAGGGAGACCCCGAGGGGGGAGACAUUCGGGGGGGAGGAGGAGACGGGGUCAGAGACCACACCUACACUGAGGUGGGAAUCCGGAAUUCACCCGUCCGUUGCCUUGAUGAUGGGCUGUAUGAGGUUGUAGGGGUUCGAGAGGCAGACACGGUGCCCCCCGCUCCCCCUCCCACGUCGGCCAACACCCCGGCAACACUAAGGGCUUCACAGAGCCCCAAUGGGACCCGAACCAACGUGGUCCGAAACGGGAAUGGGAAUGGAAAUGGGAAUGGGAAGGGCAGAGGGAACGGCAGAGGGGCUGUUAAUGGCUGUAGCAUUCUUGGUAGAGGAGGAGGGAAGGGGCCCAAUGGUGCUAACGGUGUUAACGGAUCUAGCGGCUCGCUCUUGUCCUCCCUUCCCUCCCUGGCCAUUCAGGACCCAGUAACGGCAGAGUACGCCUCCAUCCGGAAGGUCAAGAAGGUGAACAAGGCAUCGAAGAACGAGAUAGGGAACACAGAGUCAGAUGACCAAUCAAGUGUCCAAUCAAGUGUGGGAGAGUCACCCUCUGCCCCGCCCCCUCUGCUGCCCCGCAGCCAGGAGGUUCCACGGAAACAGCUGGAGCCAUUCCACCUGCACGUCUUCCCGAAGGAGACGGUAUUCAUGGGGAAUGGGGAACAGUACAUCUGGAAGCCCCCAGAGGAUGAUGACAUCAUCACCCUGCACCGAGCACCUGCACCCCCGGGGGAGAACGGACAGGGAUACACACCUACAGCCAUGGAGAUCACAGACACCUACUCCACCGUGUGUAAACCACAGAAGAAGAAACCUUCCCCAGACCACAGCGCAGCCAAGACCCUCCCCCGCAACCACUGCUCUGGGGGGAAGAAUGGAGGAGGUAGGGGAGGAGGAGCAGGAGGGAAUGAGGGAGGGAACGGGGCAUGGGGUGGCGGUCGGGGGAUCCAGGGUGGCCAGGUCCGAUCCCAUGAGGAGCCCUGCUACGAGCCCGUCGGCGACAGGUCCUGCCCCCCCUGUGUGGUGGCCGAGUCGGACCCGGCGUACGCCACUAUCAACUCCCACCGGAAACAUGAGUGGGCAGGAACCAAUAACGGUGCGCUGGGGGCGAACGCUACACUAAAGCCCAGGAAGAAGCCUCCUCAGCAGGGAGCAUCGUCUCCAGAGGCCCCAUGCCCCCAGGGACCUCCAGCAUGCCCCCCGGCCCCUCCAUCUAGGGCCUUGCCUGGGGGGGAGAACUUCUAUGAGACCAUCAGUGAUGUGAAACAGGGGGCCAACAGUGCCAGCACCACCACCAUCUUCACCUUCAACGACGGGAUGGAGAUGUAUGUCACUGGCCUGUAGCUGAGAGACACUGGCUUACACACACACACACACACACACACACACACACACACACACACACACACACACACACACACACACACACACACACACACACACACACACACACACACACUGGGCUGGGUUCUGACCUGUUUGGGUUCUUCUGACCCUGUCUACACCUUCUUUACACUAUGAAAGUGACUGGAAGUAAUGUACAUAGAGCCCCACAGUGGAGGUGUCAUAAUACCCAUAAAACCUAGCGUUCAAACAGGGAAAUGGCUCCAAUCGUUUUUCUCCCAUAAAGUUUUCCCAUAGGAGAUGUUAGAAACACUUAAAAUAAGGGCUUUGUUUCAUGUAGGCUUACCCUGGCGUGACAUGUAAAUGUUAAUCUCGUACAAGGGGAAUUUUACCAAUAUAUUAGUCUCUAUUUACUCUCAGAUUCUAAAAUGCUAAUUAGGAUCAAAAAACAACAAAUCCAUGCAAUCUCCUGCACCAAGCCAAAUUUGUGUCAUCUCUAGCUGACACAUUUGCUAACAGGUAUUGAGUCAAUUUAAAUAUUGCACCAGACAGUUCACAGAAUUGUCCAUUUAAAGAAAUUAGCCAAUUUAUUCCUUACUACAUUUAGCUAACAUUAGAUAGUAAAUCCAGAGAUUCUUACCUUUGCCUCAAUUGGGCAGUCUCGUCCACAUCAUCAAUGCAUUUGUAGUUCUUUAUGAUAGCCAAAUUAGCAACUAAUUACAAUUUCAGUUUUGGGGGAGAAAUACAGUUAAAUAUAUGGAUAGAAUUCACGUUGUCUAUAGAGAUUUACAUGUUUAUCAAAACUUACACGAAACACAGCCCUUAUUUGAAGUAUUUCUAAAAACUCCUAUGGGGAAAUGUAUGGUAGAAAAACAAUUGGAACCAUUCCCCUGUUUGACCUCUAGGUGUUGUGGGUAUUAUGACUCGUACUGUGAUACUCCAUAGCAGGGUUUCCCUAGCUCGUUUCUGGGGCCCCCCUGGGUGCACGUUUUGGUUUUUGCCGUUUCACUACACAGCUGAUUCAAAUAACCAACUCAUCAUCAAGCUUUGAUUAUUUGAAUCAGCUGUGUAGUGCUAGGGGAAAAACCACAACCUGUACCCAGGUGGGCCCCAGGACCGACUUUGGGAAAACCUGCUUUAUAGCAAUGAGAACAACUGCUGAAAUCGAGCCACAAAUGUUAUGCAUUCUAACACCAGGUUUAAACAGUAUCUCAACCCAGGGUCAGGCACCAGACCCAACCAGUGGUGGGCAUGGUACUGACUGGGGAAGCCCAUAUAGGGGUUCCAGGCUAGUUGAACCUUGGAUAGGAGCCCCAGUUCAAGGGUUACAACUCAAGUCAUUUAUCAGACACUCUUGUACACAGUAGAGCAACUUACAGCAGUAAAAUUUCUUACUGGUCCCCCAUGGGAAUUGAACCCACAACCAUGGCAUUGCAAACACCAUGCUCUUCCAACUGAGCCACACAGGACAACCUGAGGGGUUCCCCCUCAUUUACACCACUGGACUCAAAGGAACCCAAUCUACCCUACGUCUCUGAGCUUUACCGCAGAGCCAGUCUGGCUAACUCAGUCUGGACUGCACCCUCUCAGACUCAAACAGGUCCCAACCAGAACAGACUGAGCAUCAUGUUAUGAACUGUGUCACUGUUCACCUUACCUUACCAUUUAUGUCACAUUUUACAUAUAGAUUUAUUUUUGUAUAAAUAUGGUACCGUUAAUAAAGCAUGGCUUGUGUACAGAGCGACACACAAUCCCCCAAAAUAACAUAACAUGAUAACACACAAUAACAGACACACGUGCACACACACACACCGUACGCAAACAUUGCUGUGUAUGAAAACACACAUUCUCACAAAGAUGACAGAGAGAAGAAGUGUGUAGACUCCAGGAAGGCUUCACUUCUAAGUUCCAACCCCCUGAUGACAUUACCGAUGACGUCACUGGUGGUAAAAAGGGUUUGACUAUAUUACUGAUUUUAACAGGUUUAAAUCCAAGCCUCAGAGACUCAUGGAAGGAUUAAACACAAACACAUACAGACACACACACACACACAUACAUAUACCUUGUGCUGGGAAUUAUGUAAUAGAAGCAGAUGGGAGUCUGGGAGAUUGGCUGUGAUUAGCUCUCCUUAAGCAAACAUAUCAAACAGGUCCUCUCUCUGUUGCCGGGCAGGGCAGAUAUGGUUUGACUUUGAGAAAAAAUCUGACAUGUAGCCUAGGUCUAUACGGUACGUGGACGUUAACAUGCUCUGACCUGGAGGAGGCGAGCUUGGCUCCAACCCACCACUCUCCUGUACACUCUUUACUCCUUGGUAUUCAAGGUAGAAGUUGCCCCUAACCACAGAUACACACACUGAAGAUGUCUUGUAACUGGAAGGGUCUUUGAAUGAAAGUGUCAUACGGCAAUCACUCACUAUACAUCUGAAGUACAUGUAUCAGAGUUACAGUAUAUGCUGGGAGAUCUUGACCAACUUUCUGACUCUGAUGUUCAUCUUGUAGCGCUGUAUUGAGCUCAGCCGGUUGAUAGGGCAGGGUAAAAUGGCCUUGUUCUUGUUGUCAGUGGUGACACAGUUCAAGUGAAGCAGUGGUCCGCCUCAGGCUGCCUCACACUGUUAAUUCCAUCCAGAACCACUGAGCUUCAACCACAGUGACUGACCACAGAGCAACAACUGACACACUUAUAGGGACAGUUUAACCCGACACCUAAGUCUUCCCUUUUCACAUCUCAAAAGUGGUCUAAUGUCGAGUGGAAUCCAAAUAACACAGGUUCUGUGGUGUAGAGCCUUAUUCUCAAAUGAAUGGGGUUGAUUGGCACAAUUUGGGGGUGAGCUGUCAUAAAGAGUACUGAUUUGGCUAUACUUUAGUCAGAUUUAAUUUAUUGUAAGUUGUUAUUCACGUUCUUUGUUUAAAAUAAGCUUAAAAUAAUGUUAUUUGCAUGGCAAAACACACACACACAGACAUACACAAUCUUGGCAGAGAUACACAGGGCAAAGCCAACGGGUCAGGGACACGGUGUGGGCUGGGUAGAUCUUUCUCUGAAGGAGAAAGGCAACCGAUUUCACAAUCUCUGCCCAGGACCUAUGGGGCGUUGCUAACAUGUUCUUUUAUGGCCAAGGUAAUGGAGUCUUAGAGAGUGGUAGGGCUAUUGGCGGUUUCGUGUAGUUACUGCAGUGAAGGGCGUUUGUGUAGCAGGGCCCUGAUUCGCUUCACAGGCUGAAGUCAAUGCCAGGACUCUACUGCUGCACUCUGGGCCGCAGUCUGUCUGUCGGUUGGAACAGCCAUUGAGGGGUUGGAAUCCAAAGAAAAUAAAGUGUUGGGCAUAAAAUGACAAGUGAGCGUCUUUUGGAAGCCCCCCCCAGCCUGUGCUGAAAGUUCUGUUCUAUUGUAGCUCUUGGGGGAAAUGUGAUGUAUGAACUGAAGAAGAAAAACAGUGACAUUAGGGUUUAAUUAAGGGGUGUUUUCAAGUCAAAAGGUAAAGAGGGACACAAACUGCUCAGGGACAGAGAGGUAUAUGAGGGAUGAAUAACAGCAGUAUGUGUUAGGCCAUCUAACGUUAGGAGAGCGUGUGGAAAAUGUAGUUCUAUAAGAUGAAUAGGUGUGUAUAGGUUUACUAUGAAAUACAUCUUAUGAAAUGCAUUCUGUAUUUUCUUAAUGCACUGUUUAUGUAAUAAAAAAUGUUUACCUAUUGUGUUUAAAUAGCUUAUGCCACUGCCAUGGAGACGCUACUUGUACUGUGUUUAAUGCUGUUGGUGCAAUUUUCCUGCUUGAAACAUAAUGCAUGUCUUUGACCAAAUGAAAAAACAAAAUAUUGUACUACUUUAUUUAUUUCCUAAUGUUUGUUUUCUGUUUUCCUGUUUUGUCAUGGGAGAAAAAAGAAUAACAUUCCAUUUGGGGCUGAGAGAGAGAGAAAGAGACUUUCCUCUCUCCAUGCUCCAAAUUAUGAAACUGUCAGGAGGUUGUCAGUAGGAGGGAGGAAGCACACUCUGGUUCUACUCCCUGUAUUAUCCUCUCUCUCUUUUUCCUCUCUUAUCUCCUCUCUCUUUUCUCCUCCUCUCUGUGCUGUUAGAGAUGGGCCUUUGAUGUUGCUUCUUCUGAGGGACCAAGGGAGAGAUAUGGGGGUGGAGGGGUAGAGGGACUGCCUGGGGGUCAUGCCGACCCUGCAUGCUUUCAACAUCAAUAGUGCAGUUGUAUUGGUGUAUGUGAUAUGACCAAUGACUAACAGCUGAGAUGAUUUAAGCAGCUUUGGGAACAUAUCUUUUGUCAUCCAGCACUGUCACUGCUAGUCUCCUGAGGAAAUUCACAAACUUUUCAUUCAUCCUGUUUAGCACAGACUAAAUUGACAAAGACAUGGACGGACCAGGACCAAAUAAAAGCUAAACAGUACUUUAAAAUAUAUUUUGAAAAUGCAUAUUAUGGCAAAUAAUGUAUUGUGCAUCAAUGUAUUUCAUUUUGCCUCUCAGUUUAGCACAAACAUAUCUGACAAAGACACGCUCACAUAAAUAGCCUACAUUUUGAGGCAAAUGGUAUUAUGUGAAAUAUUGUUGUUUUGAUGUCAUACAGAACUAUAUCACUUGUUAUUGGUCGUAUGCUGAAAGACUUGAUGUUAGUGGAUAUAUUGAUGGUUAUCACAAAUGUUGUGGUUUUACGUUGGAGCAAUGAUGAGCUAGUCUACUUUUCAGGAUUCACUGAUGUUCAAUUCUCAAUGGCUGACGCUCUCUUUCAAUCUAUCUUGUGAAUUGAAAUAAUGAGAAAUAAAGUUGAUUUUGGUUGGUUUCUGUGUAGUAGGUAGAACGUCACAUUGAUGACACAUGUAGUGCAGCAGAAGUGUUAUCCCCUAUAUUAAUUCUACUAUUUCCCAAUAAUUGGUUUAUGGGGCUGUGAGUGGCAGCGUAUUUUGGUUUUAAGAUGACACAGGGUUUUAACGUGGAAAACAAUAUAAUAUAACAUCAUGUGAAAAUGUGCAAAAGAUUGUAAAUGUUUUAUAAUCAUUCAUAAAAUAUCAGUCUCAAGUUUUUACUUUUGUAAUAAAGUAGCACCUUAAAACGCG